AUGGGUUUUCUCUCCUUGGGCGUUCUAAUCCCACUGGGGCUCUUCAUUUGGACAGCGUGGUGUCUGGUCUCAUUGGUGGUAAAUGUGUUUCGUGCGCGAAAGACGGGUCUCGCCUACGUGAUUGUCCCAUGUUCUUUUCUGGGGGCGCCCUGGCUGUUAACUCAGCCACUGCUACUUCCAUUAUUGAAUUCCCUCCCACAAACGUGGACGGAGAAUUGGCUACCUCUUCUUUUGUUCAACGAUGGAUGGCACAAUGGGUAUGAACCCUUCCGACGAGCUAGGGCCGAUACCUUCCUGGCUGUCUCGCCCGGCGGAGUCAUCUUCUACACCUGCGACCCAGGCGUCUCUACGCAGAUCUUGCACGAUGGCCGGCUAGGAAAACCUGCUCAUUUGAUGAGCUUACUCAAUCUCUUUGGUCCGACUAUGACCAGUAGCGAUGGCGCGGAACAUCGAUUGUAUCGACGUAUUGCUGCCCCCUUCUUUACUGAUACGACUAUGCAGGAGGUAUUUGUCGGCUCCGUUCAGGGAGGAGCGCACUUGGUGACGGCACUGCAACAGCCGGGGGCCUAUCGGCAGCUCCGCGCCCUCACCGCGAAACUGUCACUACAUAUCCUUAGUCGAUUCUGCAACCAGACGGAGUCCGAGCAGGACUUGAUGUUGACGCUUCGCGCGGAAGAUCAACCAACAGGCAGGCAUUCCAUGACUUACAGUGAGGCAGUAUUAACUGUGCUGGAGAAUUAUAUGACGAUCUUUCUCGUACCUGGUGCACUUCUUAGGUCGUCCCCGUCUCAUAACCAUCGUCAAGCAGCAACAGCGUUUGCAGAACUGGGUCAGUAUCUACAAGAGAUGAAAGCGACGAAAGAAGCCGAGGUGCAGCAAAACCCUGACAUGGCUCACAAAAAGACGAAAAGUAUCCUGGAUUUACUCGUCCAGGCAGGAAUGCCUUCUGAGGAUGGAAGCCCGGCGAUGCUACGACCGGACCAGGUCAUGGGUAAUCUCUGGGUGUUUGUGCUUGCGGGACACGAAACCAAUGCCAAUACGUUGACGUUUAUCAUUUUGCUGCUGGCAUGUCACCCUAUCGCCCAACGCGCCAUGCAAGUGGACCUCGACCGGAUCCUCCAAGAUACCCCACCAGAUCAAUGGACUUAUGAGGCACACUUCAGCCCCCUGAUGAAGAGUCGUGUGGGAGCAGUGAUAAACGAAACGCUUCGACUGUUCACUGUGUUACCUGUGAUUCCCAAAUAUGUCCCCCCAACCGGCCCCCCCGUCUCAGUCACCGUCCAAGGCUGCGUACAUCCUUUACCCAGGGAUACGAUUGCGUUUGUCAAUACCAGUGCGACUCACCGGCACCCUCACUAUUGGCCGAGCCUGGAUCUCCAGGAAAACUCGGCCCCUCUCAAGAAUCGUCCGACGCAGCCUUUUGCCCUGUCCGACUUUGAUCCCGAACGGUGGAUCCAACGUGGCGACGCGCCCUAUCAAGAGGGAUUGAUGACACCCGUGCCUGGGAGCUUUGUUCCCUUCUCAGAGGGAAAUAGAGCCUGCCUGGGGUAUCGAUUUGCACUUGUGGAGCUGUGUGCCUCGGUAGUCGCUAUCUUCAAAUCAUCGUCGGUGCGGUUGCUUACCCGGAGCGAGGAGGACGGAGGCCUGACGGACCGGUCGACUGAUUCCUGGGAAACCGCACGGUACCGGGCUGAGCGUGCCCUGUGUGAGGUGAAGUUUGACAUGAGUUUACGGGUCGUUCAUGACGUUCCGGUGCAGUUGGAGGCCCGGAAUUGA